ACCAGUUUGUCUUCCGUCACUAAUAUGUCCGACAUCACGUGAAGGCAUCUUGAUUGAGUACAGUCUUUGAAGUUCCUCAGUGUGUGACAGGUUCGAGUCCGUCGCUUUGAAUCCCUCAGGUUGUGGAUUCAAACUGCGGACACACAUCACAAGAACAGAUAUUUACUUAUUCAUUCAUCUUUAUUCUUUACUUUCGGCGGUAGUUUGAUUUUCCAUUGACUGGGAGAGAAUCACAGACGCGGUUUUAAAAGGAGAAUUCAAAUCCACCGUCAUCGUUUCUGACAGAAUUUGCUAUAAACGCACCAGAAGCGCACGUGGGGCAGCCAGCAGUAACCAUUUGAAACAAGACUUUCGUCGCGAGCGUGUGAGUGAACUGAAACACAGGAAGGAGUGUGAAAACGGAUGUAAGACAAUGACCCAUGCUGUGAAAGCGAGCAGACACGGUUUCUUUUAUUUCCUCGACUUUCAUUUAACAUUUUAGCGACACAUGAGACCCACGCGAUAGCUCGGUUUUGGAUUACUUUGUGCGCUUUUCGCCGCAGUCCGACUCUUGUUUACAGUGAGUGGAUUAAGUGUUUGGAGGAAACAUGGGGACCCAGGGCACAGGACGGAAAAGAUCCACCAAGAAGGAGAGGUCGACGGCAGAGGACGAUGCCCUGAACCUCAUAGCCAGAGAGGCUGAAGCCAGGCUGGCAGCAAAGAGGGCCGCCCGGGCCGAGGCAAGAGAGAUCCGCAUGAAGGAGCUGGAGAGACAACAGAAAGAGAUCUUUCAGGUGCAAAAGAAAUAUUACGGCUUAAACACCAAAGUAGAUGACCGAUCGGACAGCAAAUGGGGCGAUAUUGAACAGUGGAUGGAGGAGAGUGAGAGAUACUCACGUUCUUCAGUUACACAAACGCUCUCUGACGAAGAUGAGCGGAUGUCAGUGGGAAGCCGGGGCAGUGUCAGGUCGGAUCUUGAUGCAGUCGGUGCUUUUGCUGGAGGGGGCUCCUCCUCAAACUUGAGUAAGAAGUCAAAGAAAAAGAAGAAGCAUAAACACAAAGACAAAGAUAGGAACGGCUAUGAUGAUGAUUACAGUGUCAUAUCCAGCAGGAGCUCGAGGCUCAGCGACGAGAGCAGAGUGUCUCGCUCCUCCAGACUAGACCUCACGAGCUCCAGACUAAGUGAUGACAGUCGGCUGACUCGUGGCUCCAGAUUAGACCUGCAGCCGGCCUCUUAUGCUUCCUCUGACUUGUACAAGUUGAAUGGUCUGUCCUCCUCCAGGAACCCAGGUUCAACUUUCAAUGGUUACCAGUUCUGCAGGUCACUCAGUCAGGUCUCCCAGCAGCUCUAUCGUAGGAGCUCCUUAUACGAGGACAGUCUCUGCAGCGGGUCACGGCGAGCCGCUGGCUCCACCUCCCAUCCUGUAGAGUACUCUAGUUAUCGCAGCUCCGGCUCCAGAGUCUCCUCCAGGGCCAAUUCGGCCCGCACAAGUCCAGUGGACAACUGCGGCUCUGUUGCCAGUUUUUUGAGGAGUGCGGCCAGUAGCAGUGGCCUCCCCAGGGACCUGGACGAUGUUACUAUUCCUGACUUUUCUGACGUGAGUCGCUUUGCACCCGAAGGACGGCGAGGAAGUCGUGAUGUGGAGGACAGAGAUUAUCUGGAGAAGGGAUCUCGAGCAGCUUCUGCCUUAACUGCAGGGACCCUCACCUCAUUAGGCGGAUCGUCCUCGCGGAGAGGCAGCGGGGAGACGGCCGUUACUGUCGAUGCAGAGACGUCUUUACGAGAAAUCAAGGAGAUUCAUGAACUGAAGGAUCAGAUACAGGAUGUGGAAACCAAGUACACGCAGAACCUUAAAGAAGUCAAGGACACGUUAGCAGAAGUGGAGGAGAAGUACCGUAAGGCUAUGGUAUCUAAUGCCCAGCUGGAUAAUGAGAAAAACAACCUGAUGUACCAGGUGGACACGCUCAAGGACUCACUCAUGGAGCUCGAGGAACUGCUUUCAGAGUCACGCCGGGGAUAUGAUGAAAAAGUCAAGGACUUUGAGCGAGAGAAACAUGCCCACUCUGUGCUUCAGUUCCAGUUCAGUGAAAUGAAAGAGACCCUAAAACAGAGUGAAGAGUUGCUAAACGAGAUCCGUCAGCUGCGUAUGAAACAGGAGGGUUUUGUUAGAGAAAUAUCUGACCUGCAGGAGACCGUGGAAUGGAAGGAUAAAAAAAUUGGGGCCUUAGAGCGACAGAAAGAGUACACAGAUGCAAUCCGCAUCGAGCGAGAUGAGCUCAGAGAAGAGGUGGUCACGCUGAAAGACAUUUUAAAGAAACAUGGAAUAGUAUUGGGACCUGAUCUAAACAUAAAUGGUGACAUCGGUGAGACACAAGUCGAUGGCUCCCCCAGUGAAGAUCCCUCUUCCCCAUCGGCUCAGGAUUCACAGGCACCGGCGGAGGGGAACAGCAUGCUCGGCAACACAAAGGCGACUCAGUUGAGAACUAGAGGAGAUGAAGAUGUGGAUCUGGAGCAGCAUCAAGACAUGUUUGAAGAAGUGAAAGUGAAUCCUUUGGGCUCCGAUACAGUCUGUAAUACUGCUGAAGAAAGUGCCUGCAGCAAGAUAGGAAAUGUUGACAUAAAAGUCAAAGAAUCUAAAACAGCAGUGGGUGGAGAUAUGGCAAAGACAAGUAACCAAGUGACAGACAACACUCAAGAUAAGCAAAAAAAAAAAAAAAAAAAAAAUGUUGAGGAAUGCAAUUUGACUAAUACAGAAUCGUGUCCUCAGCAAAAAGUCACACAAGAUGUUACAAAAGAAAAUUGUCCCGAUGAGUCCAUCCCAGCUCUACCAAACUCUGAACCUCAACAAGAGCAGGAUGACACCAAGAAGGUCGAUAAUGAUGAAGAAGAGGAAAUGCCAAGUCAGGCUCAGGGCGCUGUUGCUUCAGGAAAGAAAAAGAAGAAGAAGAGGAAAGGCAAAAAAAAAGUUGGAAACAAUGAGGAUAACAACCAACCAAAAGAAAAGGGCAAAACAGAAAAAGGAAUGCAACCGGCUACAAAAGAUAAUGGAACAAUCAAUGCCAGGUUCUGCUGUUGGCCCGUCACUGAAACCCUCAAGGAGUUAAAGGGGAAUCAAGUGAAGAAUAAGCAGGACAAGCAAAAACAGAAAGAUGUAGCUGGAGGAGUACAAGUGGUAAAACCCGUUGAAGUCGUACACAGUAAUGACAUUUCAAAAGAAUCCCAAAUGGAUCCAGUUACAGAUGAACACUGCAAGGAACAAACUUUGGAAACAGAGAAGUUGAAAGAAAUCGAAGCAUUGGCGUCUUGUGGAUCCAUUGAAGCCCCACAGGGUUUUAGAGAUCGUGUUAGUGAUGAAAAGAAUGAGCAACACAGCUUGGAAACUGAAACGACAAAAACAGUACAGGUUACAGCAACCACUGAGACCUUUCCUCAAGCUGAUACUCUUAUGGAAACUGAAGCAGAAUCCGUAAAGGAAUCUGAAACAGACCCGGAAAAGGAAUCUGAAACAGACCCGGAAAAGGAAUCUGAAACAGACCCGGAAAAGGAAUCUGAAACAGAUCCCGAGAAGAAUGAGCAAGGUGAGGAACAGAAAUUGGAAGAGAAGAUGGAAGAAAUUAGAUCUAGAACAAGCCCUGUUCCAGAAAGCAAUCUCAGUACUCCUGAUACAAGGGAAAUCUCCAGUGAUGCUGAAAUCACUGAGGAUGAUGCCAAGGAUUGUACUUCCAGUGUAGAAAACAGUGAAAUGCUAAAUGUUACAGAAACAGAGAACAUAGAAGAAGUGAAAGAAAUUAAUACUGGUGAAACCAUUGAAGCUAGAGCAGAUCAUGAUACAGAUGAAAAGAACAAGGAUCAAAAUUUGGACUCUGAAAUGGUAAACCCAGUAGAGGCAGUGGCACCCAUUGAAACCUUCUCUCAUGAAGAAUAUCCAUCUAAGGAAUCCAGAAGAGAUUCAAUCAAGGAUGAAGAUGACAUGGAACAAGCUUUGGAAACAUCCGAAGUAGAAGAAGAAUCUACAUUUAAUCCGGGGUCAGAAACCAGUUUCAGUACGUCUGAUCUUGAAGACUCCAUAAACGCAGAGAGCAUUGAGUAUCCUGCCAAGAGGUGUACUUCAAGUGAAGGCAACAGUGAUAUAGAGAUCUCCACUAACAGCAGCGUCAUCCACACCGAGUCCGAAGCUGUUGACAGUGCAGCGAGUGAAGUGGGUUCUAUCAAUGAAAUCAAAUCUGAAACAAACGAUGAGGAAAACAGUGAAGGUGACGCCCAUGUCCCAGACCACAGUGACGCUGCUCCUGAUGAAUCUGAAUCCACCAACAGUCCUGAUAGUGGUUCCAUGGUGUACUCGACCUCCACCGAUGGCCUUUACGAUGGUCAACAAAGCUUGUCUGAGUCAGAGCAGCCUUCAGAGCUGCUAUCAGAGACUGCAGACAUGGACUCGUGCAGUGACAGCACUCCCAUCGAUAUUUCUGAAAGAGAUUCUGAGGAUGAAACUCAGACAGUCGUGGAGUACGAGGGGCCAGAGACUGAAGGAGAAUCUCCUCCUCCCACUCUUGAUGCUGGUCAUUCAGAGCUAGUACCAGACAGGACAGAAGAGGAGGAGCUGAAUGGAGACUUACGAGAAGCUGAGGGUUUAGUUGAACCAGACAGCUCUCCAAAUGACAAAAUCAAUGAUGCAUCAGACACUGAAAAGAGUCCUUUGGAAGCUGUAGUUCAGUCCGAAGGUUUAGAUGAAGAACAAAACAAGACGUCAGAGUUUGCAGAGCUGACUGAUGAAUCACACGCUGAACUGUCUUCUGCAACAGAAGAGAUCAACACGAUUGACAUGUUGGAUUCACCAGAUUCUCCAAAAGAAGGUACUGAAAUCAGUUCCUCUAUCAAACAGGACCACAAUACCGAAGAGUCCGUCGUUGAAGAAGAUCCAGAACGUACAGACAUUGAUGACGAUCAACAAAGUGAGACGCACUUCUGCCCUCUGAUGGAGCAACAGCAUGAACCCCUGAAAGACAAGUCUGAGGAUUAUCAGAGGUCCGAGGUAUCAUCUGAACUCACACUGCUGGACAGUGAUGACGAGGGUGAUGUAGACGAAGAAGGACAGUCUUUUGAUUUUGAUGAAUUAGAGAUGGAAGACGCCGUCGCAAUGAAUCUGCCGGAAAAUCCCAAACAGAUAGCAAUAGUAGAGGGUGUUGAAAUCUUGUCAAAGGAAAGCCACAAGGGAAGUUUAGAUCUGUCCCAAAGCAAUAUUGAUUUAAUGGAAAAUACUGAUCCAGGUGAGGGAGGUCACCGAGUAGAUAAGCGACAUGAAGAGUCGGACGCUGUAAGCCAAGACACCCAAAACUCUUGGGUUCACGGGGAUGCUUCCUCUGAAAAUCUGGUAGAGGAGCAGGUGAACAUUCUGGAAGAAGUAGGCGUAACAGAGGAGCCCAGGCGUGUUACAGAGAAAGGAAAGGUAUUAAAAGUUGGCGUUGUUUCAGAGAAACUUAACCAGGCCAUGUCUCUACCUUUAGAGGAAGGAUUAGAUGCUGUUCAGCAUGAGUUAAAGGAAGACGAUUCAGUUUCACUCAAGAGUUGGGACCUAGUGUCCAGCAACACAGAGUCAGUGCAGACAGGCAGAAAUUCAAGGAAGGGCAGCAAGAAAGGCAAAGGCAAGGGCAAAGAGGACUGUAAGAUGUCAUAGCGUAUUCAUAGUAUUGAGUAUAGACGAUGAAUCUUUCUAAUCUUCCCUUCACUAGUUCUUGCUUUGCUGUUUACAAAGUGCUAAAUUAAGUUUGUGCAAAACCCUUACAGCACUUUCCGCGAUGAAAAUUGAUGUAAGUUUGUAAAUAAUUUCAAUGAAAUCAACACAAAGAGUCCAAGAUCAAAAGAUGGAGAAAAACAAUCAUUAAUGUAGAGACGAGAAUGUAAACUGCGUGGUGACGAGAUAUUCUAGUUUAGGAAAAUACUGCACUCGCUUGUUUUGUUAUGAAUGCACAUUUAUCAUGCUGCCUAUAAACUUGGGAUGAAUAAUGUUCUACACUGGUUUCAGAACACAUUACUCAUUCAAUUCUAAAGAUGCACUAUGAGAAAAACUCGUCAAUUUGGAUUCUGGUAACUGAAAAUUCAGGCUCCGACAUGUUGAAAAUCAAAAAUGUUUGCAGACCCUUUUCUGUUCUUUUCUCUGUAAGAACUUUAUUUUUCAUUUAAAGUUGUCAAAGAUUUUCAGUUAAAUUAAAACUCUGUUAAGUGUCUUUUGCCAAAGUUGAGUUCAUUGACGUGUGCUUGACCGUUUGGCCCUGCAAUGACGGCUAAAGCAUUUGCAGUAUUCUUAUAUUGUUACAGACAGAGUUAAUCUUAUGAUGUCACAGACUUAUGUUACUGACUGGGUGUUGAGUUAACAUGACCUGAGAAAAAUCACAAGACUGUACAUCACUUGGAAGACGUUUGUCAGCCGGUUAAAAACAACAAAAAACAAUUAAAAGAUCCAAUACGAUUAAUCAUUGAAGAUCCUGUGAACAACCUUGGGUUUUAGUCGAUUUUGGUGCCACAUGUAGACCAACAUCUUUUUUGUUUUAUAAAAACAUAAGAACCUCUUCAUGACGAAAAAUGUUGUCCUCCUUUUUUUUUUAAGUCCUAUAUAUUGGGCUAUUGAGGUUAAAAAAAACAUCCUGACUUUUUACUCCGAUCAAAAGACAACCAAAACUGAGAUCUUCAAGGUUGCUACUUCAAACAAAUCUCCAUGUACAAGGACUCUGAAUUCUAAUGCACAGAAACUGUGUAGUUAUGUAUGUUUUUUCUUUUGUUGCACUUAAUGGAAAAGAUGAAUGUGGUGCAUCUGCGUCCACACUGAAAUUCCAAUAAACACCCUGCUGUUCCAGAUUUCUUAUGGACUUUCUUGAGUGACAUUAUGAAAAGCAAUAUGGCAGCUCUUUGCACCACUCAUGUCAUCACCUCUACACAAAGACACAAAGAUGUCUCAUGACUUAUUGUGUAGCCGUAUGUUGUGAAUGUAGUCCUCCCACCUCUUGUCCACGGUUUGUGCAUACUAACCCCCCCCCCCCCCCUCACACACACCCUGCUCCAUCACUCCCCCCACGGAUGCCUGCUCAGUUGCAUGCAUCAACCUCUCACCCUGACCCAGACACCCUUCCACCAUCUCCUUGGCUCCUCCCACCCCUGGUAUGUUCACUUAUUUCUCUUUUUAAAGAUGGAUGCUAACAGUUACAUGUUUUAUUUUGUUUGAAAUGGUGUUUUAUUGUGGCCUUGUGAAGCAUAAUUUUACAUUUGAAAUGAUAUGGAACUCAGAAAACAAUGAGUUGUUCCAUUUUUUCUUAAACUCUUGCUUUCUGUUUCAGAAAUACGUCUGAGGAAACUGGUGGAUGAGCGUGAAAAAAUGAUAGAGCAGGUG